AUGAGUGGCAUGUGCAGCAUGUGCAUGUGGGUGCGCAUCCUGCACUUACUUUUGCUAGGUGUAUGCAUGAUGUCAGUGUGUGUGCUAUGUCAGAGGGAUAGUUUGGUAGCUGGGCCCUCUAACAGAAGAUGUGUAGGUGCCUGCAGUUUAACAGCAUCUCCCCCAAAAGAACAACUCACACACACCCAGGACAUGCUGUACAGGAAAACACAGGAGGCCCGUCAAAGAAAUGCUCAGGCAUCUGCCAUUUCAGAGCGCUUGGUGCAUCUGCAGCAGUGUAUGAAACAACAUGAUCCAGCAAUGGGAAAUCGAGGAUAUGAAUCUAAUUCACUGGCAGCCACUUUGGCUCUAUUGACAGCAGUGCUGACCGAAUGUGACCUGCACUGCCAUACUCAGAGGCUCAGAGAUAUGGCACGAAGACUAGAAGGUGCUGCUGUUGGUAGAAAUGGAAAAAAAGACUUGUUGCUUUUGAUAAAGAGUAUCACACUGUCUGCUCCCACACCAACACAAAAAACUCCAACAGUGGCACCCUCUUCAGGGCUUUAUCCUCAGGACUGUUAUGAGAUUCUUCAGUUAGGAAUCAAAGAGAAUGGGAUUUACACCAUACAACCAGACCCCCAACAACCGGCACUAGAGGCUGCGUGUGACAUGCUGUCUAUGGGUGGAGGAUGGACUGUGUUUCAACGGCGAUUUGAUGGACAGCUGGACUUUAACCAGACAUGGCGGGAGUACCGGGAAGGUUUUGGUUCACUGCAGAGGGAACACUGGCUAGGGAAUGCAGUUCUGCACGCUCUCACAGCCAACAGACCACACAUACUCUGCAUCACGCUCCAAGACUGGCACCAACAGACACGACAUGCCACCUACAACACCUUCAAAGUGGCAGGGGAAAUCCAAAGGUUUCGUCUGACCGCACAAGAUUAUCAUGGAGAUGCUGGUAAUGCCCUUAGUUAUAGUAAACGUUACAACCAUAAUGGCAGAGCUUUCAGUACAUAUGACCGUGAUCAUGACCGCUACGCAGCAGGGAACUGUGCUCAGUACUAUGGUGCAGGCUGGUGGUUUGACUCCUGUCUGGCUGCCAAUCUUAAUGGGCGCUACUACCAUGGCCGCUAUAGUGGCAUCACAGAUGGCAUCUACUGGGGCACCUGGUAUAUCCUCACUGACUCUCGAACUGGGAAGAGAUACUCAUUUAAAAGUGUAGAGAUGAAGACACGGCCAAAACAGUCAUAA